AUGUCAUCAGUAAAGACAUUAAACGCGAAUGCGGAGGUCAUGAACCGGGCCGCCGCGCUCUUCAUGAAUAUUAAUGCGGCAAAAGGCCUCAUGGACGUCAUGCGGAGCAAUUACGGACCAAAGGGCACCAUAAAAAUGCUUGUUAGCGGAGCAGGUGACAUUAAGCUGACGAAGGACGGCAACGUGUUGCUCCGAGAGAUGCAAAUCCAGAACCCUACCGCGGUCAUGAUCGCGCGCGCCGCGGUGGCCCAGGAUGACAUCACGGGCGACGGCACCACCUCCAUCGUGCUGCUCAUUGGCGAGCUCAUGAAGCAAGCGGAAAGGUACCUGUCUGAGGGGACGCACCCGCGAGUGCUUGUGGAGGGCUUUGAGACAGCGCGUAAGGCUACCCUGGAGUUCUUGGAUACCUUUAAGCAGCCACUGCCCUCAACCACCACCGCCUCUGUGCCGACAGAGGAAACCAGCUCCUCCAAAACCACAGCUGACGCAGCAGCUGCGGCUGCUGGCUCCUCUGUGGAUCGUGAGACGCUUCUGUGCCUGGCUCGCACCUCCCUGCGCACCAAGCUGGCGGAGCCGCUGGCGGACAAGCUGACAGACAUAGUGACAGACGCGGUGCUGACGGUUCGGCGGCCAGGACAACCCAUCGACCUGUUCAUGGUUGAGGUGAUGCACAUGCGGCACAAGCUGGACAGUGACACUCGGCUGGUUCGUGGGCUGGUCCUAGACCACGGAUCUCGCCACCCCGACAUGCCCAAACGGCUGGAAAAGUGCUUCAUUCUGUCGUGCAACAUCAGUCUCGAGUACGAGAAGUCGGAGGUCAACUCGGGCUUUUUCUACAGUUCCGCUGAGCAGCGUGAGAAGCUGGUUGCCGCGGAGCGCGCCUACACGGACGAGCGCGUCCGGAAAAUCCUGGAGCUGAAGAAGCAGGUUUGCACGGGCGACGAGGGCUUCGUGGUGAUCAACCAGAAGGGCAUUGACCCCAUCUCUCUGGACAUGUUGGCCAAGGAGGGAGUCAUUGCGCUGCGCCGGGCCAAGAAGCGCAACAUGGAGCGAAUCCAACUGGCGUGCGGGGGCUUCUCAAUCAACUCGGUUGAGGAGCUGUGCUCCGAGUGCCUGGGUCAUGCGGACGAGGUAUACGAGCACGUGCUCGGCGAGGAGAAGUACACGUUCGUGGAGGGCGUCAAGAACCCGCACUCGUGCACCAUCCUGAUCAAGGGCCCCUCGGACCACGUCAUUGCGCAGAUCAAGGACGCGGUACGGGACGGGCUGCGGGCCGUGAAGAACGGAAUCGACGACGGGGCCGUCAUUCCCGGUGCGGGUGCCUUCGAGGUGGCCGCCGCUCACCACCUGCGCACUGUGGUCCGCAAGACUGUGGCGGGUCGCGCCAAGCUGGGUCUGGACGCCUUUGCAGAGGCGCUGUGCGGGCUCGCCAAGGCACUUGCGGAGAACAGCGGACAUGACGCCCAGGAGGCCAUCAUUAAAUUGCAGGAGGAGCACGAGCGAGGCAACGUGGUCGGGUUCGAUGUGAGCACCGGGGAGCCCAUGGAUCCUUCAACCGCCGGUGUGUACGACAACUACCUGGUGAAGCGCCAGAUCCUGCAGUCGGCGCCCGUACUGGCGGGGCAGCUGCUGCUGGUGGACGAGGUGAUGCGCGCGGGGAUUAACAUGCGCAAGCACUGA